AUGGCCACAGGCGUCACCGGCGUCACCAAAGCGGAGGCCAGCUGCGGCAGGAACAAAUUAGCUGACAGCGCAACCAAGACAGGCGCCAAGGAAGCCAGAUCUUUCUUGCCGCGCUUGUUGUUCAGGAAGUUUGCCAGCAAGCUGAGGUUGCAAGUCGCUGUAGCCGAAGACUGGCCACGUUCGGGCGCGAAAACCCCUUCCAAGGAGGCCGAAGCAGAGCUUGCGAAGUUGCAGUCUCGUGAUCCGCCGCUGCCGCAGGGCGAUGUGAGGAAGCUGGGCGUGCCGCAAGCGCUGCCAGUGCCAGCGCCCGUGGAGAUCCGGUCCCACAUCGUCUCUAGGAAGCCGCGGUCGCCCAGAAGGGGGCAGGUGGUCGACAUGCCGGGCAUGGGGCAGGUGUACGUGAUGGAAGAGGAUGGUGCGAAGUGGGCCCUGGUCAUGAAGCUGAGCAGGAACGACUUCUGCCAUGGAAGCCCCAGGUGGACGGAUGGUCAGGCCUUCAACCCUCACAAAAUGCUGGACGACAGCCUGCCGAAUAUCCAAGAGUAUGAUGCCAAGAGCAUCGCCUUUCACAAGCUCCAGGGGGUCACUGCAAUCCGAUUGCAGACAGGCACUGGCACCUCUGAGGUGCAUUUUGAAAGAUCAGACACGCCCGAGAAGCUGAUCACCACCAACGACGCCAAGAUGUCAAAGCACGGUGGCUUCAACACCUGGAAUUACUGGAACUCAUGGAAGUCUACAUUCGGGAGCGAUCGCAACGGUAAUCCCGCCUUUAUGCGCGCAGACAAGUUUGUGGCAGACCCCUCACCGGAAUGCCGCACAAAUCCUGAGGCUGGCCCGCUUGGCUGUGGCCAGAAGUGCGUCUUCUGUAUGCAAGCAGGAGAUGGCAGUGGAUGUCCAGUAGCGCCUGGUGCGCCACACCCCAAUGACGUCAGCUCCGGCAUCGGCUUGAGCGUAGAGUUUUGUGGCGGAGGCCGCGCGGGAGACUGCAGCACCGGUGGUCAUUGGUCGGGUCAGCACAGGACGCUGGUGUGGGCCAAAUUCUCAGGCAGUCACCGCAUCUUUAAGAUGGACAUCUCUGGCGUUGGGCAGGUGUACGCGAAGAAGGAUGAUGGAGGCGCCAUGUGGGCUCUGGUCAUGAAGCUGAGCAAGAACGACUUCUGCCAUGGGAGCCCCAGAUGGACGGAUGGUCAGGCCUUCAACCCUCACAAGAUGCUGGAUGGCAGCAUGCCGAAUAUCCAAGAGUAUGAUGCCAAGAGCAUCGCCUUUCACAGGCUCAAGGGUGUCACUGCAAUCCGAUUGGAGACAAGCACUGGCACCUCUGAGGUGCAUUUUGAAAGAUCAGACACGCCCGAGAAGCUGAUCACCACCAACAACGCCAAGAUGUCAAAGCACGGUGGCUUCAACACCUGGAAUUACUGGAACUCAUGGAAGUCCACAUUCGGGAGCGAUCGCAACGGUAAUCCCGCCUUUAUGCGCGCAGACAAGUUUGUGGCAGACCCCUCACCGGAAUGCCGCGCAAAUCCUGAGGCUGGCCCGCUUGGCUGUGGCCAGAAGUGCGUCUUCUGUAUGCAAGCAGGAGAUGGCAGUGGAUGUCCAGUAGCGCCUGGUGGGCCACAGCACAAUGACGUCAGCUCCGGCAUCGGCUUGAGCGUAGAGUUUUGUGGCGGAGGCCGCGCGGGAGACUGCAGCACCGGUGGUCAUUGGUCGGGUCACCACAGGACGCUGGUGUGGGCCCAGUUCUCAGGCACGUAG